AUGUCUAGUAUUUUGUACAUGCGAGUGUCCACAAACAUACCACUUCCAAAUUUCCCCGCUCGGUUCCUUACGACGAUGCCGUUGUUGACUACCCUCGUGCUUGUUCUAACGUUUUUUGGCUGUGCAAGCGUGGCUAAGGAGUGUGCCAAGACGGAUAUGCUAACCAUGGCUGAUAGCCCAUACGUGCGUGAAUGUUUGUCGGAUGUGGGAUUCGGUACCAUGUUAUACAUUAAACGCCUCUCCGAAGAGCAGCUUGCGGUGGUCUGUUCCAGUCCUUCAUGCGAAGCACACAUAAAGCUAGUGGAAGGAAUGAGUCUUGGGGAUUGCAUAAUUCCGGAGACGACGAUAUACCUGUACACGGACGUUAUUGGUCCAUACAGAAAAAGAUGUGCCGGCAUUCGACCGAAGGACUCAUCAUCAAGUACAAGCAACGACAGCUCGGUCAGCGAAAAGAACGUCAGAGAAGAGAGCAGCUCAACGAGCGAGCGGUCCAUACUAUUCCGUCGUAAAUCGAAAAGCAUCACUUCCUCCAAGAUUUUAAGGAAUAUUAAUCAAGCUGAAGCUAGUAUGUGCGAGUCUUAG